GCAGUGCAUUGUGGGACGUGGGUUGAUGGUGAAGUCAAGAUGGCUGUGAACCUCAAGCAGAGGAAGGAGCCUGCUGUAGAAAGGCCGUGAAUGAAGUUUUGAAUAACAAAUUCUUCGUCGCUGCCUGUUUAGACUUAAACCGUCGUGCUGUUGAAGUUGUAGUCAACCUGUGGAGGACUUGAUACAUUCACAGACAGCAACAAAAUCUCAAACAACUGAGGAUAAAGUCUCGUAUGAAUUCCGACGAGAAGGAGGACUGUGAGUGUGCGCCACCACAGGCCGAGACUAGCCCCACAGGAGGACCAUAUAGAGAAUACGAGGAGCCUGAAAUAGAAAACCCAGAAGCAAGCCGAAUGAAGCGAGCAGCUGCCAAACAUCUAAUAGAGCGCUAUUACCACCAGUUAACUGAGGGCUGUGGGAAUGAGUCGUGCUCCAACUCCUGGUGUGCCUCAUCAGUCGGCUUCAACCGCAUGGAUAACAACGCAGCGGCGGUCAAAGCCUUGGAGCUCUACAAGGUCAACGCUAAGCUAUGUGACCCCCACCCCUCAAAGAAAGGCACUGCCUCAAACUACCUAGAGAGCAGUGCUCACAGCAACUCAGACUGCGGCAACAGGAAGUUGAACCAUAAAGAUGUCCACUCUGUACGGGACAAUUUCAAAGAUGUAAAUUACCUGACAGAGGAGAAAGUGUAUGAGAUCUUGGACAUCUGUGGAGAGAAAGAAGAUUACUCGCCUCUGAUCAGGGUAAUAGGUAGGGUGUUCUCCAGUGCUGAGGGCCUGGUGCAGAGCUUCCGGAGGUCCAAAUCUCACACUAAGGAGGAGCUCAAGUCCCUCCAAGGUAAGGAUGAGGACAAGGAUGAGGAUGAGAAGGAGGCUGCUGCCUGUUCCGCUACAGCUAUGGAGGAGGACUCCCCUGCCUCCUCUUCAUCAUCAAGGCUCGGAGAGGGCUCCUCAGGGGAAAAUGAUGUCCAAAAGCUGUCCCCUGAUGAGGUGUCGGUGGACAUUGAAGCAGUGCGGCGGGUCUACGAGCGCCUGCUCUCCAAUGAGAAGAUAGAAGCCGCCUUCCUGAAUGCGCUGGUCUACCUCUCACCCAACGUAGAGUGUGAUCUGACAUACCACAAUGUGUACUCACGAGACCCAAACUACCUGAACCUGUUUGUUAUAGUGAUGGAAAACAGCAACCUCCACAGCCCAGAGUACCUGGAGAUCGCCCUCCCGCAGUUCUGCAAGGCCAUGAGCAAACUCCCACUGGCAGCUCAGGCCAAGUUGGCAAGCUUGUGGUCACACUACAGCGCAGGGCAGAUUCGGCGCAUGGUAGAGACCUUCCAGCAGCUCAUUACCUACAAGGUGAUCAGUAACGAGUUCAACAGCCGCAACCUGGUCAACGAUGAUGACGCAGUAGUGGCGGCCACCAAGUGCUUGAAGAUCGUCUACUAUGCAAACGUGCUGGGCGGCGACCUAGAUGUAGAGCACAACGAGGAUGAGGACGAGGAGCCCAUCCCAGAGUCUAGUGAACUUACCCUGCAGGAGUUGCUGGGCGAGGAACGGCGGAACAAGAAGGGCCCUCGGGUGGACCCGGUGGAGACGGAGUUAGGGAUCCGCACAAACGAUUGCAGACGGCCACUCAUUGUCUUUGAGGAGUUUGUCAAUGAGCCUCUAAACGAGGUGCUGGAGAUGGACAAGGACUACACUUUCUUUAAGGUUGAAACUGAAAACAAGUUCUCCUUUAUGACCUGCCCCUUCAUCCUGAAUCCCGUCACCAAGAACCUGGGCCUUUACUACGACAACCGCAUCCGCAUGUACAGUGAGCGGCGUAUAACUGUGCUCUACAGUUUGGUGCAAGGUCAGCAGCUCAAUCCCUACCUGAGGCUCAAAGUGCGGCGAGACCACAUCAUUGACGACGCUCUGGUCAGGCUUGAAAUGAUAGCAAUGGAGAAUCCUGCAGACUUGAAGAAGCAGCUGUAUGUGGAGUUUGAAGGAGAGCAAGGUGUUGAUGAAGGAGGCGUUUCCAAAGAGUUCUUCCAGCUGGUGGUGGAGGAGAUCUUUAAUCCAGAUAUUGGCAUGUUCACAUACGACGAGCGCACCAAACUGUUUUGGUUCAACUCGUCAUCACUCGAAAAUGAGGGCCAGUACACUCUGAUUGGCAUCGUUCUUGGUCUGGCCAUCUAUAACAACUGUAUUCUGGAUGUCCACUUUCCUAUGGUGGUCUACAGGAAGCUGAUGGGCAAGAAAGGAACUUUCAGGGACUUGGCUGAUGCCAACCCGGUUCUAUACCAGAGUCUGAAGGAGCUGCUGGAGUAUGAGGGCAGCGUGGAGGAGGACAUGAUGAUCACUUUCCAGAUUUCCCAGACAGACCUGUUUGGGAACCCACUCAUGUAUGAUUUAAGGGAAAAUGGGGACAAGAUUCCAGUCACAAAUGAAAACAGAAAGGAGUUUGUGGCUCAGUAUGCAGAAUACAUGCUGAACAAAAGUGUGGAGAAGCAGUUCAAAGCUUUCAGGAGAGGCUUCCACAUGGUCACCAACGAGUCUCCACUCAAAUACCUGUUCAGACCAGAGGAAAUCGAGCUCCUGAUCUGUGGAAGCAGGAACCUGGACUUCCUAGCACUUGAAGAAACAACAGAGUAUGAUGGAGGUUACAACAGAGAUUCUCGAAUCAUCAAGGAGUUUUGGGAAACGUUGCAUUCGUUUGGUGAGGAGCAGAAGCGUUUCUUCCUGCAGUUCACCACCGGCACUGACAGAGCACCUGUGGGUGGGCUGGGCAAGCUGAAGAUGAUCAUUGCCAAGAAUGGCCCUGACACUGACAGGUUACCGACGUCUCACACUUGCUUUAAUGUGCUGCUGCUGCCAGAGUACAGUAGCAAGGAGAAGCUGAGGGAGAGACUGCUGAAAGCCAUCACCUAUGCCAAAGGGUUUGGCAUGCUCUGAGCCCCUGCUCCAAACACACAGCAAAACGGACUCCUUCUCAGAAAGCCCAUCAAACCCUGCUCUGCCCUUCCUUUAUCAAAAGGUGACAAAAGACAGACCAGAGUAUGUUUUGAGGAAAAGCAAGUCAAUAAUGAAAGAGGAGAAAUGGUUCCAAUAGAGCGCUCCAGUAGUUCUUCUACUGUGCCUGCAUCAUCCCACAUCAGUCAGUGUAAGCACAGAGACCUCCUGAUCAAAAUACCCACCCCCACAUCCACAUUAUGUGAAUGUGCAGCAGCCUCCCUUUUUUUUUUUUUUUUUUUUUCUUUGUACAGAGAGAAUCAUUUCCUUAUUAUUUAUUUUAAGGUUAAAAUGGGUUAUUUUUCAUGCCUGCCUGUUGUGAUAGCUUCCUUACUUGGGAAAGGGGAAGGGUUAUUAUUAAACUGUAAAUUUGGGACGAUGCAUUAACAAGUCAAUAUCAACCCCAUUGAAGAAAAAAAAAAAAAUGUGUUAAAGUAGACCUGACCUUGUUCAUAGACAAUUGACAGAGAUAAUCUAGUUUUAGACUAGUCUUUACUACAAAAUAUUGUAUUCCCAACAGAAGAAAGAGCUCUCGCUGACCAUUCCACUCACAGCCAUCGGCUAUUGAUUCUAUCUAGUCCAAAAUGGCACAUUAUGAAAUAGCUGUUUUUAUUUUUUGGCCUUUUUUCCUGGGGGGGGGGAACACACCGCAGGUUAGACUAAAAUCUUGUCAGAGCUGUGUAAGUGCACUUAGACAUUUUCAGAAUGUUUGUUUUUUUGGCUACAGGUUGCCAUGAUUGUUUGAAGCAUUUUAUUUCCAUGUCUUCCUGUGUUGACAAUUCUAAAUAAAAACAGUAUUUAUACAUCAGUGCGGUUGGAACUACGAUACCGUAUUCUGCACGUUUUGGAGGAUGUACACAUGUAGACCGGUCACUGAUGAUGUUCUCAGAUCCAGGCAUAGAACUCUUCUUGUGCCAACCUAGUCUCACACUGCAGAGUCUCUGUUCAAUAUAACUUCAAUUUAUCUGGAACUCCACAUGUAGAGUCAAGAAAACAGUGUGUACUGGCAAAGCUUUGGUAGCUUGUGAUCUUAAGUCCAUUUGGCCUUAGUCUCAAGGUUGUGGUUACAACUGUCAUUUUAAUGCAUCAUGAAUCUUCUGACAACACGACAAAUGACCUGACAGGCCGACGUGUUUGUAUUCACAUUGCCAUGCCAGAUGGAUGGCACUGUGAUCGGACACUGGGCAAGUGAGGUCAGUAGUCUAAGCACAAUCUGAACAAACUAAUUGUUGUGUAAAGCUGCAAUCCAGGGUCAGUCAAUCCUGUAGCCACUGAGUCUCAGAUAAGCCCCUGAUAUGUUCCUAUCAGUCCUUCCUUUGCUGUUAGACCCACAAUGGAAAAUAAUAUCAGUGUAAGUGUAUGGUUUGAUCUGAUCUCUCACUGAUAUAUGCUUAUGAGAGAUGGGAAAACAUUUAAAGAAAAUAUUAAAUUUUGUGAAAUGUGCUUGUUCGGCAUGUUAUCCACCAUUAAGUAGGGGAUGAAUUUAAAUGUCAUCUCGUUUGCAUCCAGUUGAACGUAUCUUAAAGAUUGUAAGCAGGCAAAAAACAGUUAACCUAGUUCUGUAGAACAAAAAUCCACAUUCUAUAGCUGUCACAUUGUAUCUUUUAGUAUAACAUUAUGUAGCAAGGCUAGGCUAACUGUGAUCCCCUGCUCCCAGUCUUUGUUCAAAGCUAGGAUAAACAUGUCCUGGACCUAUGUACUGCUGUACUGAAUGCACAGAGAUGACAUUGAUAUUCUCUGACUCUGGGGGAGACUGUACUGUGUGGACACAUCACUGUGAUCAGAUUUACGUAUAUUUGGAUUUGUCACAUUCAAUGAGAGUGAAAACAGCUGUAACCACGGUCUUUUUUUCUGUUCAACAUUAAUUGGAAUAUCAACUGUGAAAUCAUCCUCCCACAGAUCAGGCCAAUUGUUUGAUAGUUCUGUUUUUGUCCAGUUGAAUACCUGUAAAGAACUUGAGUAAUGUCUGCAUGGUGUUCUUGCACACAGACUAUACUGACACUGUCGAUAGAGUACAUAAGGGAAAAGCAUCGUCAGCCACCCGAACGGGUUUAAACGGUACAGUUUAACCAAAUCAAACCACUUAUUUGAAAAUAAAAUGGACUCCCCUGAAAUAUAAAUUUUAGCAGUUUGUUGCGUUUUGCUCACCCAGUAACUAUGGUAAGUAUGGUAGGUCACUGUGCAUGUCCUUUUUAAAGGUGUUUAUACAUGUAUACCCACAUACAUUACAGCCAAUCCUUUUGCAAACCUUUGACAUUUAAAUUAUUUCUACCAUUCCGUGCAUCCAGUAAAAUAUGAAGAUCAAUUAGAGUUUUGAGAAGAGUAAACAUCGAGUCUGCAAUACUUUUUGUUCAAGUUAAUCAUUCUAGGGCAGUGCAGUUUAUCAUUCACAAGCCAGACUUUAAUUAAGACUGACAACACAGAUUUCAUGUUCAUUUUGAUAGAGUACACAACUCGUGCACAUUUCAAGAGUCUGCUUAUAGAGUUUCAUAUUGGGUGGAAAUGAAUGUAAGUAAUGGAGUGAAAAAUACAUCCUAAAAACUCAAACUAUAGCAUACAUUUGAACAUGGGAAUCAAAAAUGUAAAGUAUACACUAAAACAUGACUAAAAAUUUUAUAAAAUAAAUGUACCUUUUUGUUUUACUUCCAAAUAAGUGGUUGAGAUGAUUUGGGAAAAAUAUGCCCUGCAGACUGCUGUAAAGCUGUCUUAACAGUGUCCCCCCAGCUUUAGAUUUGCUAUUAAAUCGUAUAGCAUUUAUAUUAAAGUCCACUUACUAACCUUUCAACCACAUCUCAUAGUCCUCAUCAGUAAAUGAAGCUGGCUCAGGUGGACAUCACUUGACCUACAUAUGGAUCUUCAAUUACGGGAUACCAAGUUGUCUUACAUGGGAGGGAGAUGGUAACCCCUGUCUCUGUUCCAAGAUGGUUUUUGGUGUAGAAUGUGAAUGUCCUCCAUGAUCUUUAUCUAACUAUUUCGGUUUUAAUGUCAAGGACCUUUAAGAGACUGAAUGAACACCAGAAACGGGCAACAUCAACUGUCUGCGAACAGACCAAAACCAUUCACAGCAUCCACUGGGAAGAGGUCCAAGGUCUUGGACCAGGAGUCACUGGACAGCUGGAGAAAGACAUUCACAUCUGACACCACAGACCAUAUUUGAACAGAGACAGAGCUUACCAUCUCUGCCCAUAUAAGACCACCUGUUAUCAUGCAACCAAAGUUAUUUUCUCUGGUCACAUCACUACACCUUAGCCAGCUUGAUAACAACUGAGCAAACUACAUCCAUUGAUGAAAACCAAGAGAUGUGGUUGAAAGCUCCUGGAAACUAUUGAUUGGAGAGUAAAGAUUUUUUUGUUGAGCCAGAUUAUUAUUAUGUCUUUCAUUUAAAAAACAGUUUUGGUAUAUUCAAAGGACUACAACUUUGUUGCUGAUGGUCAUUGACAAGUUGUUCAGAGCAGAGUGGUGUUCUGUGUGUUGUCCUGGGCUAUUCAGUAGUGGUUGUUGGUAUGUAUUGUCUUUGGAGAUUGAAUCUGUGACUUCUCACGCUGUCUAACUAUGAGGUUCCUGCUGUGCUGGUGAUGUGUCUUUAAAAGGACCGUCUUCUUUUUUUCUUUUUUUUUCUUUAAACACUGCACAAUUUGUGAGCGCGAUGGUGCCCACAACAUACCACUAAACCACAGUGCUGAGACCACAGCAGUACACAACAACCCUGAGCCAUUCCGUCUGUUCCAUUGCUCUUACUUUCUCAUUGGACCUGGGCAAAAUGUUGUUGGAGAAUACUUUUCAUUGCUUGUUUUUAGCCUUUAUUGAAGUUACUUUGGACAGUACAUGGAGUCUCUGGAAAUGUGGACAAACCGUGAACUGGGUUGGAAAGUCACAACAGUAUACUGUAUGUUUGUGCGAUUAACGACUUAGCUGGCAUUGUUAUACUGCAGUAACCUCGAUCAUGUGAAACUGUGUAUGUUAAAACAAAGGUUAAGGAUUACUUACAACUGUUUUGAGCCCAGGUCUGGUUUUAGCUGUUUAACGUUACUUUGUACCUCCGUUUUGUAAUGCUGAAGAUGCUUACAUGGACAUGUGAAAGGGCUCUAAAGGCUUGUAAAGGUAAAAGGUGAAAGGUCAACCUGAUUUUGGAAAGGGAAGCAGUUUUCAUUCAUUGGUUUGACUUAACAGUUCCAUUCUAAAAGAUACAAACUGAUGAAAGGCAACAAGUAUUCAGUGCUGUGAAAACAUGCUAAAUAAAGAUGACAGCUUUUUUCCAACUUG